AUGUCUCGCGUACGUAUUUUGAACCUACCACGCAACUGUACGGAGGAUCAGCUUCGAAGCAACCUGCUCAAGUCGCUUCCCCCCGAUGGGCCUCAUAUCGAAAUAACGGAUUGUGUUAUUCUCAAGCGUGCCCCACGACCGGGUGCACGGGGAAGGGGAACCCCGCGGAAAUCACCUGCGCCAGAUGCUUCAGAGAAGGGCGUCAUCCGAAUGGCUUUCAUUGGAUUUCGAAACGCUGCAAGCGGCCACUUCAUCGUGCGGCACCUGGAUGGAACGUACUUUGGUGAGGCCAAGUUGCAGGUGCAUGUGGCGAAGGGCCUUGCUGAUGUGGGUGUUACGACAAACAUGCGGAAAAAGUUGGGAAAGGAAGAACAAGAGGAGAAUAAUCAAAGUUCAACAAUAAAAUAUGAGGGCAUAGGCGAGAAACGUGCAAGGGAUGUGGAAUUGGGAACAAAAGAUGGAAAGGCUCCAAAUGCGGAUGGUGCUGGAGAGAGUGAGGAAGAUGCCAAGAAGAGGAAGCGGCGAGAAGAGUUCGUUACUGAAAGGAUACGAGCAACAACAGGACCAACAUGGGCCACUGAAGUACUAGUGCCGGAGCUUUCCGCAGACGCGGAAGCAUCCCCAACCGGAGAUUGCGACGGCGGGAAUGGCGAUGCCGAGCCACAGGGAAAGAAGGAACAGGAAGAUCCCAACAUUGAGUUGGAAAAAGCACUUGAACGACAGAAGAAACUUGGGGAAAUAAGUGACAUGGAUUUCUUGUCUUCCUUAGCAAAGGAGUCGGCUAACCAAGCCUGCAGUAGCAAUGACGCAUCGGGGGGUGGCGGUAGUGACAAAAGAAAGGGAGAAGUGCUAGAAAAAGGUGACGAGAGUGAGGAGGAUCAACUUUUAUGUCCUGAGAACCCCUCUCCCAGAGACGACCAGGAGGAGGUUGUGCGGGAAAGUCGCCGCAUCCGCUUAGGUAACAUACCGUUUAUUGCGACCGAAGAAGAUGUGAAGCAGUUCGCCUCUUCCCACGUCGGACCUGUGGAGGCUGUUCAUAUACCACUCACUCGUGACACCAAACAGAGCAAGGGUGCUGCCUUCGUAAAGUUUGCCCGGGUGGAAGAUGCGGUUAAUGCCCUUUCCCGUUGCCAAGGGGCCAUCUUUAUGGGUCGCCUCUUGCGAGUUUCAGCCGCCACUGAGGAUCCAUACGCCAAGAGGAGCGAGGAGACCGCAGGAGGGUUGGCUGGGAAUAGCGAAUUCAAACGGCAGAAAGCGAAGGACAGGCGCAAAGAGGGAGAGGGGACAUCCGGUGUUGCACCAGUGGCAUGGAGCUCAACGUAUAUGAACAGUCACACGGCAGUGGAAACUGUGGCAAAACGACUUGGAGUAACCGCGGACGCUGUUGUUUCGGUUGACGCCCGUGGUGCGGCAGUGCGGGCGGCAAUAGCUGAGGCGUAUCUUACAUCAGAGAUAAAGGAAGUGCUGGGCGACGAGGGAAUUGACUUUAGUCUGCUGGAAAGUGCACGCGAAAACCUUUUGAAAGCGCGUAGUAAUACUACCAUUUUAGUGAAGAAUGUUACGUUGGGCGAUCCGGCAUAUGCGGCGCAGCUCAGUAAGAUGUUCUUGAAAUAUGGGACGUUGGAAGCUACAGCAUUUCCAUCGGCAGGGGCCUUCGCACUGUUCCGCUACGUGCAUCAACAGGAUGCACGAGUUGCCUUCCAGCGCCUGUCGUAUAAACUCUUCAAAAAUGCACCGUUAUUUUUAGAGUGGGCUCCUAUCGGUUCUCUCUCUACCGCAGAAGACGGAGGUGAUUGCAACGACCGGGUCCCUUCCCACAGCGGGAAUGGCAGGGUCGAUGACGUGGACGAGGAUGGCAACCAUGUUGGCGUGGCGGCGGGUACUCCACACUUUACGCUAUUUAUAACUAACAUCCCUUUUAAUUCCACGAAGGAAGACUUCAACACUUUCCUGUUGGACUCUUGCCCGCGAUUGGCGAGGGCACCUGAUAAGUUUGUGGAGCGAUUGGAAUUGGAACAAGGAAAAGGACGAGCAUUUCUUACCCUCCGCGAUGCAAGCACUAUGUCCUACGUCCAGCAGCGGCUGAACGGAAGAACUAUGGCGGGAAGAACACUGGCUUGUGUUGUGAGCAAGCAAACAACCGCUGCGAUUAACGGCGCUUCCCCGGCGUCACGAGCUGCCGGUAAUGGAGACGGGGAUGGUGAAGACGGUGUGGCGAAGGUUUUCAACGUCAUUUCGAGAAGGGGCGCCGGUCAAAGCAACGGAAACAUUAGUAGUGAUUCUAAUGUGCCCCCGGGAUGCGAUGGUCUAAAGCUCGUCGUAAAGAACGUUCCUUUUGAAGCUACUGAACGUGACAUUCGCGACUUAUUCACCGCCGUUAGUGAGGUACGUAGUGUACGGCUCCCCCGCAAAAGCCACCAGUUUUCCUCGCAUCGUGAGAACAAUCAUCGUGGCUUUGCUUUUGUGGAAUUUCUCACGGAGGAGGAGGCUCGCCGUGCAAAGCAAACACUCGGAUCUACGCAUUUGUAUGGGAGACAUCUUGUAAUACAGUAUGCCAAGCUGGACGAAUCGUAA